AUGCGUCUCGAACCCUGGCCGAGAGCUCGUCGGGAGAGCCGGCGGGCCUCCCCUCGGGUUCCCGGAUGGGGCCCUUGUGCAGGUGGAAGAGGGGGCGUGGCGGCAGAUCGCUCAGGUGGAAGAGGGGGCGUGGCGGCAGAUCGCUCAGGUGGAAGAGGGGCGCGGCGGCAGGCUCAGGUGGAAGAGGGGGCGUGGCGGCAGAUCGCUCAGGUGGAAGAGGGGGCGUGGCAGCUCAGGUGGAAAGGGGGCGUGGCGGCAGAUCGCUCAGGUGGAAGAGGGGGCGUGGCGGCAGAUCGCUCAGGUGAAGAGGGGGCGUGGCGGCAGAUCGCUCAGGUGGAAAGGGGGCGUGGCAGAUCGCUCAGGUGGAAGAGGGGGCGUGGCGGCAGAUCGCUCAGGUGGAAAGGGGGCGUGGCGGCAGAUCGCUCAGGUGGAAAGGGGGCGUGGCGGCAGAUCGCUCAGGUGGAAAGGGGGCGUGGCGGCAGAUCGCUCAGGUGGAAGAGGGGCGUGGCGGCAGAUCGCUCAGGUGGAAGAGGGGGCGUGGCGGCAGAUCGCUCAGGUGGAAGAGGGGGCGUGGCGGGAGAGGUGGAAGAGGGGGCGUGGCGGCAGAUCGCUCAGGUGGAAGAGGGGGCGUGCGGCAGGCGCUCAGCAGAUCGCUCAGGUGGAAGAGGGGGCGUGGCGGCAGAGCGCUCAGGUGGAAGGGGGCGUGGCGGCAGAGCGCUCAGGUGGAAGAGGGGGCGUGCGGCAGAGCGCUCAGGUGGAAGAGGGGGGCGUGGCGGCAGAGCGCUCAGGUGCGGGGCGUGGCGCAGAUCGCAGGUGGAAGAGGGGGCGUGGCGGCAGAUCGCUCAGGUGGAAGAGGGGGCGUGGCGGCAGAUCGCUCAGGAAUGUGAGCGCCGCUGGCCUUCACGGCGUCGUUGGGAAUCCCUGGUUCUGGAAUGUUUGUUUUUGCUUUCAUUCUCGGCGGACAUUCAGGCGGCGGGGUCAGGCGGCGGCGGGGUCAGGCGGCGGCGGGGUCAGGCGGCGGCGGGGUCAGGCGGCGGCGGGUCGGGGGACUUCCGCGUCGCCAGCUCUCUCGGCGUCUCUGAUUCUCGUCUCGCUUGGCAUCGAAAGCCGAAGGCAUUAUGA